AGGUCAAAUAGUUAAGGGAGAGGAUUAUAAAAAAUAUAGAGGUCAUUGAAAUUUGUUCAUACAGUGGGUUACAUUAUGACACCAGAUCUCAUUUAAAUCUUCUAUUUUAUCUGACAUCCUCUAACGCCACUCCUGUAGGGAAAAGUGGCAGUGCCAACUUUUUAAUAUCUGAUUACUAUAAUAGAAGUCCAGGUUCCCCAUUCAGCUUCUGUUGACACCUAGCAUGGGAAAGAACCCUCUUUACAGCUAGGCUAGAUGGAAUUUCCAGCUCCUCACUAUUUUUCUGCAUACACCAGUCUGUCCACCCUGGGAUGGUGCUUUCUUGCAGCUCUGACAGCAAGCACUGACACUGCUGAGAAACCAUCAUUCCCUCUGGGAAGUGGUAAAAGUCCUGGCUCUCCACUAGGAGUCCUCUGGCACCUUCCUAGUGUGGGGAGUGGGAGGGGAUCAUUCCUUCUAAGUGAGAGUGGAAAUCCCAGUUUCCCAUGCGGUCUCCGCAGACACCUCAGGGAGGGACUAGAGGGCAGCUCAUUACCAGCCUGCAGAGAUCCAUGCUCUGGAACCAGCCUUUGAUGACACCACCCCAGAGAGGACAUUGAGGCACACCGUUACAGCCCUAGGUGAACAAAGUAUGCUUCCAACAACAACGUGAAGACUGUCUUUGGAAGAAUAUAUUACAACUGUGACAGUGUAUUGGCUUUGGAUCCUGGUAAAAUACACAAGACAUGCAAACAAUGAAGAUCAACCAGACUAUCCUGAAGGAAUUCAUUCUCGUUGGCUUCUCUAUGUACCCAAAUGUACAGACAUUCCUCUUUGUGGUCUUCUUUUGCCUCUACCUUCUCACCCUUGCAGGUAAUCUCACCAUCAUGGGUCUAACCUGGGUGGACAGGUCUCUCCACACGCCUAUGUACCUCUUCCUUAGUGCACUCUCUUUCUCCGAGACCUGCUACACGUUGGCUAUCAUCCCUAAGAUGCUGGAAGAUCUGCUGGCUAAGAACAGAAGCAUUUCAGUCGUGGGUUGUGGCUUACAGAUGUGUUUCUUCCUGGGACUUGGUGGCACAAACUGUAUCAUCCUCACUUUGAUGGGAUAUGACCGCUUCCUGGCCAUCUUUAACCCUCUAAGAUACCCACUGGUUAUGACCAACAUUGUGUGUGGACAACUUGUGGCUUCUGCCUGGGCUGGAGGCUUCUUCAUCUCUCUGAUAGAGAUUGCACUGAUAUUCAGGGGCUCUUUCUGCAGCCCCAACCUCAUCAAACACUUCUUCUGCCAUAUGCGGGCAGUUGUCAGGCUGUCCUGUAUAGACAGCGACCUCAUAGAGUUCAUUGUGAGAAUGAUCCCAGUGUCGGGCUUGCUGGGUACCUUUCUCCUCAUUAUCCUGACUUAUGUUUUCAUUCUUUCCACUGUUCUCAGGAUCCCUUCGGCCGAGGGCAAGCAGAAGGCAUUCUCCACCUGCACCUCCCACCUCACAGUGGUCAUCAUCCACUUUGGUUUCGCAUCUAUUGUUUAUUUGAAGCCAGAAGCCUCAGGGGGAGAUGACACACUCAUAGCAGUCCCUUACACUAUCAUCACCCCUUUACUCAGCCCCGUCACAUUCAGCCUCAGGAAUAAGGACAUGAAGAAUGCUUUUAGAAAGAUGAUGGGAAAGACACUGGCCUUGAAAAAAUAAUCUUGCACUAUUGCUACUGGGUUGAAGCAUGGGUCAUUGUCCCCAGAAUUCCGUGGGCCAUUUAUCCUGUGACCUCUGGAAGAGCCUAUACCAUUUGCCUUUAUUCAGAGAUUGGGAUAUGCGGGGA